UAAAGCCACCUUAACUUUCAUUCUUUUAAUAUCAGGUUUUCAUACCAUUUAUCAUGAAAUCAAUCAAAUUGUUUAUUGGAAUCCUUGUUCUGGCAGUAGGUGGGUUCUUUACCGUUUAUAACUUUGCGAAAAGCUGUGAUGAUAUUCAUAACAUAGGAAAAUUGCAAGCAGUUAUGAAGCAGCACCAAGCCAUUUCUGUCCAAUAUCUUUCUAAUACAUACCGAGUGAAUACCAGUGAAACCAUUAGGGACAAAGGAGAUGAGAUAUUGGCAAUAAGCAGCCACAAAAAAGAAGCUGGUCCCAUAGUUUCAGUAGAAGGGCCGGUGCAAGAACCAAUGAUUGAACACCUGCAAUUAAGUCCGGAAGAAAUAGCGAAUAAUGAACAUGCUGAGAAAAUGCGUGAGCGGGAACAGACGUGGAAUGAGCUAAUAGCAUCACAGAAUACAACUGUAAAACGAAAGCAACUUCCUCGGUUGAUCGGUAUUGGGGUCGAAAAAUGCGGAACUCAUGCUUUUCUUCAUUUCCUAGAACCUCACCCUCUUAUUAAAGUAAUUAAAAAAAUCGAGGCGCAUUUUUUUGACGAAAGGAGCACCGCACCCAUAUCAGAAUACUUAUCUAUGAUGCCAGAAGUUAGUCCAAAUACUGCGGUGAUGGAGAAGACACCGGCCUACUUUAGUUUCCCCCCAUAUGGUAUACCAAAGCUGAUUAAAGCUAAUGUACCUCAAGCGAAGAUAGUUUUAAUUCUGUGCGAGCCUGCAAAAAGAGUUUACUCUGAUUUCGUUCACGAGUGGGCGUGGUACAACAUAUCUCAUCACUGGUCCGGGAUUCACCAAUUUCAAACCAUACACGAUUACCUCAAGAAAUACCUACCAAAAGUUACCUCUUCGUUUGUUCCAUACAACGAAACAAGAGCUCCAGGAGAUACACUGCGUGUGUUGCAACAUCACAGUAGCGAUUACAUGUCGACUUUACUUACAACCGGAUUCUACGCUCUGCAUCUGAAACGGUGGCUGAAAUAUUACAACGACAGUGAUAUGAUGGUUGUGGAUGGUAGCGAGCUUUUUAACGACCCUGGUGGUGUAAUGGAGAGAGUACAAGACUUUAUCGAUAUUCCUAAAGUCCUCUUUCGCGAGGAUUAUGUAAGGGAUUCAAAAACUGGUUUCUUUUGCUACAAAGAGUGGAAUAACAACGGGAGAUUAAAUUGCCUACCAAGUAACAAGCAGAGGACACGUUCCAAAACUUCUACCAGCAAUCCAUUUCCAGAAGAAACCCUUCAGCAUCUUAAAGACUUUUACAAGACACAUAACGAAGCGUUGUUUAAGCUACUUGGUCGACGUUUGUGGGAAUCGUAGACGACCAACCAUAUAGCGAAAAAAGCAGCAUAUAGAUAUAUAGUACUUAAAGUAUCGCGAGGGUCAACUUUACCUGGAAUAUGAAGUAUCUUGCCAUGAAAACUUUCAAUCAUUAGAUUAUGUAUAGUGAGGGUGGGGAAGAUGGGACACUUUUUCAUUCCAUUUUCUUGACCCAUUUGGUAGUAAACAAAAAACUUUUAAAGAAUUAUAUAAAACCGUGUCCCCAUGACACCGUUGGUAAUUGUUUAAAACACGAUUAGGAUAUUAUGUGCUAAAAGUGUCCCAUCUUACCCCACUUAUUAAAACUGCGUUACUUCUUGGUUGGAAGAAACAUCUGUCAAAUAUUAUUAUUGUGAAUUCCUAUUAAAACCUGUUUUAGGGUCUUUUAUCGUCUCAAUAGGAAUUUUAAUGCUAGCGGUUAGUUCAUCAUAUCCAAAAAAAAGGUUUUAUUAUUUAAACUAAAAAAAAAAUCGUUUAACAGCAUCCAGAAUUUAGAUUAUAACCCAGUAUUGUCCUUUGCCAACGAGACACGCGCUGUAACCACCAUGUUAACGACGCAAGCAUUACGUAUAGUAGGUUGGGGUAAGAUGGUAUAUGCUUUCUUUGUAGUAAACUUUGUAGAAAAUUAAAGAAUUAUAAAACUCUA